AUGGGGCUGUGGAACUACAGCCGCAAGGGGAAGCACGACCACGAGGCUGGCUCCUCGUCGGGACGUCGUCGCGGCUCUGUGAAGGAGGAGGCCGAGACGAGGACACCGGUCCCGUGGAGCGACGUCCACCUCCCCAACGCAUGGCACCUCUCCGCCGACCGGGUCCCGAUCCCUCCGGUGCCGACGAGCGGCCAUGCGCGCCGCGACGAGAUCGAGCGCCGCCACCGCCUCCUCCCCGACGACUUGUACUACGACGACAGGUACGUCGCCGACUCCACCCUCUGGGACACGUGGCUCAGGGACGAGCACGACAUGCGGCGCGCCUCCUACUUCGCCGGCACGGCCUUGGGGCCGCGGCGGGCACACGAGGUGCGCGGGCUUACACGGGUGCGUGGGCGUACACGGGUGCGCGGCCUCACGCCCACGCCCUCGCCUUCCCCCGGGACGCCUCGCCAUGGGAGGAGGUGCUGCGGGCACCUACAAGCUUCCAGCCCGCCCCCGCGCACCAGGGACCGUCGGCCCACCUCUGGACGCCACCGGCCUACAUCGACCUCGUCAGCGACGGCGACGACGACGACACCGGCGGCCAGUGAAGACGGCGAUGACCACGGCAUCGACCGGAAGACGGCGUCCAAGGAGGGCGGCGAGAAGAAGGGCAAGAAGAAGUCUAAGAAGAGCGUGGAGACGUACAAGAUCUACAUCUUCAAGGUGCUCAAGCAGGUGCACCCUGACAUCGGCAUCUCCUCCAAGGCCAUGUCCAUCAGGAACUCCUUCAUCAACGAUAUCUUCGAGAAGCUCGCCGGCGAGUCUACCAAGCUCGCGCGAUACAACAAGAAGCCCACCAUCACCUCCCGGGAGAUCCAGACCUCCGUCCGCCUCGUCCUCCCCGGCGAGCUCGCCAAGCACGCCGUCUCCAAGGGCACCAAGGCCGUUACCAAGUUCACCUCAUCCUACGCGUCUUCCUCGUUUCUUAAAUCCACCGGAAUCUGUAUGUAGUUAGCUGCAUGAUUG